AUGUCUGACAAGCUUACCCGUAUUGCGAUCAUCAACUCGGACAAGUGCAAGCCGAAGAAAUGUCGCCAAGAGUGCAAGAAGUCUUGCCCUGUGGUCAGAACAGGUAAACUCUGUAUCGAAGUGACUCCCGAAUCGAAAAUCGCCUACAUUUCCGAGACUUUGUGCAUUGGUUGUGGUAUCUGCCCCAAGAAAUGUCCUUUCGGCGCCAUCCAUAUCAUCAACUUGCCUACCAACCUGGAGACCCAAGUGACCCAUCGCUACUCGGCCAACAGCUUCAAGCUCCACCGUCUGCCCAUGCCCCGUCCCGGUCAGGUCCUCGGUCUUGUUGGAACAAACGGUAUUGGAAAGAGUACAGCUCUCAAGAUCCUGAGUGGCAAGCUGAAGCCCAAUCUGGGACGGUACGACAACCCGCCCGACUGGGAGGAAAUUUUGAAGUACUUCCGUGGUUCGGAAUUGCAGAACUACUUCACCAAGGUCUUAGAAGAUGACUUGAAGGCUGUCGUGAAGCCUCAAUAUGUUGACCAGAUCCCGCGGGCCGUGAAGGGGCCUACCAAGCAGAGCAACUUCGAUGAGAUUAUGAACGUUCUCGAACUGCGACAGGUUGCCGACCGUGAUAUCGACCAUUUGUCCGGUGGUGAGCUGCAACGUUUUGCUCUUGGCCUGGUCUGUGUGCAGAAGGCGGACGUUUACAUGUUCGACGAGCCUUCGUCGUAUCUCGAUGUUAAGCAGCGUCUCGCUGCGGCCCGCACCAUUCGCAGCCUUUUGCGCCCUGAUGACUAUGUCAUCGUUGUGGAGCACGAUCUGUCGGUGCUCGACUAUCUUUCUGAUUUCAUUUGUGUACUUUACGGUCGCCCCGCUGUCUAUGGUGUUGUCACUUUGCCUUCUUCCGUUCGCGAGGGUAUCAACAUCUUCCUUGAUGGUCACAUCCCCACGGAGAACUUGCGUUUCCGUGAGGAAUCUCUGACUUUCCGACUAAGUGAAGCUGGAGACGAGUUUAUCGCUGAUAAGGGCCGCGCGUUCAGCUACCCGAACAUGAAGAAGACUCUGGGUAACUUCAGCCUCCAGAUCGAUUCUGGAAGGUUCACUGACUCUGAGAUCAUCGUCAUGAUGGGUGAGAACGGAACUGGCAAGACUACUUUCUGUCGAAUGCUUGCAGGAGCUUUGCAACCGGAUGAAGGUGGCUCGGUUCCCAAGAUGAACAUUAGCAUGAAGCCUCAGAAGAUCACACCCAAGUUCCAGGGUACCGUUCGUCAGCUGUUCUUCAAGCGUAUCAAGGCUGCUUUCCUCUCCCCGCAGUUCCAGACCGAUGUGUACAAGCCCCUGAAGCUUGACGAUUUCAUUGACCAAGAAGUGCAGAACUUGUCCGGUGGUGAAUUGCAGCGUGUUGCGAUCGUUCUGGCCCUGGGUAUGCCUGCUGAUAUUUACCUGAUCGAUGAGCCUAGUGCCUACCUCGACUCUGAGCAGCGUAUCAUCGCUGCCCGUGUGAUUAAGCGUUUCAUCAUGCACACCAAGAAGACUGCUUUCAUCGUCGAGCACGAUUUCAUCAUGGCUACCUACCUCGCUGAUCGUGUCAUCGUUUUCGAUGGUCAACCUUCCGUGAAAGCCCACGCCAACACCCCCGAGUCUUUGGUCACUGGCUGCAACAAGUUCUUGGAGAGCUUAGAUGUCACCUUCCGUCGUGAUCCGAACAGCUACCGCCCUCGCAUCAACAAGUAUCAGAGUCAGGAUCGACCAGGAGCAGAAGUUGGCUGGCAACUACUACUUCCUGGAAGAAGAGAACUGAAGAGGGCUUCUUUCAUGAGCAUAAUCGCCGUCACCGCCACCGUGAUGGUCGCGAUUCUGAACGGCGGCGCAGGCGGCGCCGCGGCAAAAGGGGAUCCAGGUGGUUCAUGGCGUUUUCGGGCGUUCUGA